AUGUCCGAUGGAUGGGACCUCAGUGAGAUCUUUCAGUUCCGUGAGGACAACUACAGUGUGAACAGCACCUGGGAUAGCAGCCUCUCUUCUUGCAUGGUGCCGGCUGGCACUGCUGUGCCCGUGGGCCCUGUGAAAGGUCGCGUGCUGCUGCUGCCAGAGCCCAUCUGCAACUUAGAAAAAGUGAAGCAAGGAGGUGAAGAGCAGCCACUCGGGCGGGAAGAGAAGCACAAGGCAGAAGGGAACCUAAGUCGGCGAGGGGGUGAGGAGCAGCCACUCGGGCGGGAAGAGAAGCACAAGGCAGAAGGGAACCUGAGGAGGCGAGGAGGUGAGGAGCAGCCACUCGGGCGGGUAGAGAAGCACAAGGCAGAAGGGAACCUGAGGAGGCGAGGGGGUGAGGAGCAGCCACUCGGGCGGGAAGAGAAGCACAAGGCAGAAGGGAACCUGAGGAGGCGAGAAGGUGAGGAGCAGCCACUCGGGCGGGAAGAGAAGCACAAGGCAGAAGGAAACCUAAGUCGGCGAGGAGGUGAGGAGCAGCCACUCGGGCAGGAAGAGAAGCACAAGGCAGAAGGGAACCUGAGGAGGCGAGGAGGUGAGGAGCAGCCACUCGGGCGGGAAGAGAAGCACAAGGCAGAAGGGAACCUAAGUCGGCGAGGAGGUGAGGAGCAGCCACUCGGGCGGGAAGAGAAGCACAAGGCAGAAGGGAAACUGAGGAGGCGAGGAGGUGAGGAGCAGCCACUCGGGUGGGAAGAGAAGCACAAGGCAGAAGGGAACCUGAGGAGGCGAGGAGGUGAGGAGCAGCCACUCGGGCAGGUAGAGAAGCACAAGGCAGAAGGGAACCUGAGGAGGCGAGGAGGUGAGGAGCAGCCACUCGGGCGGGUAGAGAAGCACAAGGCAGAAGGGAACCUAAGUCGGCGAGGAGGUGAGGAGCAGCCACUCGGGCGGGAAGAGAAGCACAAGGCAGAAGGGAACCUGAGGAGGCGAGAAGGUGAGGAGCAGCCACUCGGGCGGGAAGAGAAGCACAAGGCAGAAGGGAACCUGAGGAGGCGAGGAGGUGAGGAGCAGCCACUCGGGUGGGAAGAGAAGCACAAGGCAGAAGGGAACCUAAGUCGGCGAGGGGGUGAGGAGCAGCCACUUGGGCAGGAAGAGAAGCACAAGGCAUAA